AUGGCUAGCCUAGAUGUUGAUUCUUUAUUUACAAAUAUUCCUUUGCAAGAAACUAUAGAUAUUUGUACUGAUUCUUUAUUUUCAGAGACUGACCCAGUCAGUAAUUUUUGCAAAAGUGAUUUUCGUAAACUCCUCUCUCUGGCCACAGAAAAUUCUUAUUUCACGUUUGACGGUCAACUAUUCAAGCAAGUCGAUGGGGUAGCUAUGGGAUCACCUCUUGGCCCCAGCCUUGCUAAUGCUUUUCUUUCGCACCACGAAAAGACUUGGUUGGAUAAUUGUCCAUCAUCCUUUAAGCCAGUGUAUUAUAGAAGAUAUGUUGAUGAUGUUUUUGUGUUGUUCUCAUCUCCUAGCUAUUUGCCUCUAUUUAAGGACUAUCUUAAUAGGCAACACAUCAACAUAUCUUUCACGUCUGAGUGCGAGGCCGAUAAAACUCUUCCGUUUCUUGACGUAUCUGUUUCUCGCAAUGAAUCGAAGUUUGUUACAUCUAUCUAUAGGAAGCCUACAUUUAGUGGUGUUUACACGAAUUACAACAGCUUUUUGCCGGAAGAAUAUAAAACGGGUUUGAUAAUGACAUUGAUUUUUCGGAUAUUUAAGAUUGUUUCUGAUUUUUCUAGGUUUCACUUAGAAAUGCAAGAUCUUAGAAACAUUCUGUUAAGAAAUGGCUACCCGUCAAGUUUGAUUGAUCAAUGCAUUAAGUCUUUUCUCGACAGAAUGUUUCAAGAUAAGAAAGUUUUCAGUACCGUGUCUAAGUUAGAAGUUCUUAUUAUUUUGCCAUAUUUGGGUAAUAUAUCGUUGAAACUGCGAACUCACUUAGUUAAAACAUUUGAUAAGCAUCUUCCGUGCUGUAAGCUUAGGGUUAUUUUCAAAUCGGGUUGUAGAAUUGGCAAUUUUUUCCGGUUUAAGGACCGUGUUUCAAAGGCUCUGCGUUCAAAAGUCGUAUAUAAAUAUCAGUGUGAUGGCUGCAAUGCCAUCUAUUAUGGGAAAACUAUGCGACAUUUGAAAGUUAGAGCCUGCGAACACAUGGCCGUUUCUGCCUUGACUGGAAAAUCCGUUAAAUCUAUUAACCCUAGUGCGGUUUUGGAGCAUGUUGUUUUCUGUAAAAAUAGACCAUCUUUAGAUAAUUUUUCUAUUAUCUCCUCCGCAUCUAAUAAUUUUGAUUUGGAAUUGAAGGAAAGCUUGUUAAUCCACUUUAAUAGAUCGGGAACUUUACUAAGUAUAAUGGAGCGAGUUAAAUUGAUGCAUGGGGUCAAUUUGGUUUAUAUAAAAAAAAGAAAUAACUCGAAAUAG